CACUGGCACGGAAUUCAAAUUGCUGCAAAGCUUUUCGUGGGCGGAGUUUCGUCCCUAGAAUGGCAUUGUCUGCCCCGAAGUGCCACUAAUUAGGGGUUUUAGACUAAGCUGGCUGCGGUGUGUAAACAACAAUUAUGAGACCGGAGCCCGGGAAGUGGGAUUACCGGAGGUCAGAGCUCAGGAGCAUGUCGAGCACUUCGGAGGACAUCCGGAGGCAACUGAAGGUGCGGCGCCAGAAGCAGAGGGUCAUUUUGGCCACGAGAUGGCGCUGCGCCCAGGGAGGAUUGGAGUUCGAGCAGCUGGACACCUUCUACGGAGCCAUCAGGCCAUAUCUCUGUGUGGCGCAGUUCUUUGGCAUCAUGCCCUUGGCGAAUAUCCGGAGUCGCGAUCCCCAGGAUGUGAAGUUCAAGGUGCGGAGCAUUGGCCUGGUAGUCACCGGUCUCUUCCUGCUACUGGGUGGACUCAAGACUUUGGUGGGUGCCAAUAUACUCUUCACAGCGGGUCUAAAUGCCAAGAACAUGGCACCAUAGUUGGGCUGGUCUUCCUCAUCGUGGGCCUGGUCAACUGGGUGAACUUCGUGGGCUUCGCUCGCUCCUGGUCGCACAUAAUGCUGCCGUGGAGUUCCCUGGACAUUCUGAUGCUCUUUCCGCCGUACAAACGCUGCAACCGAAGCCUUCGGUCAAAGGUCAACUUCAUUGCGCUGUGCGUGGGCGUCCUGGCAGUGGGCGACCACAUGCUGUACUAUGUGUCUGGCUACAGCAGCUACAGCACGAACAUCCUGCAGUGCCACACGAACCACUCGCGGAUCACCUUUGCACUUUACCUGGAGAAGGAGUUCUCCGACAUCAUGUUCAUCAUGCCCUGCAACACCUUCACCAUUUGCUACGCAUUUUGGAUAAAUGGAGCUUUUACCUUUUUGUGGAACUUCCUGGACUUCUUCAUUGUCAUGACCAGCAUUGGAUUGGCGCAGAGGUUCCAGCAGUUUGCCGCUCGAGUUGGCGCCUUGGAGGGUCGCCAAGUUCCCGAGUCUCUUUGGUACGAUAUCCGCAGGGAUCACAUUCGCCUUUGCGAGCUGGCCAGUUUGGUGGAGGAGAGCAUGUCCUGCAUCGUGUUUGUAUCCUGUGCGAAUAACGUGUAUGUGAUCUGCAACCAGGCUUUGGCUAUUUUCACCAAACUGCGCCAUCCCAUAAACUACAUCUACUUCUGGUACUCGCUGCUCUUCCUGAUGGCCAGGACCAGUCUGGUGUUCAUGACGGCCUCCAGGAUCCACGACGCCUCGCUUCUGCCCCUGCGAUCCUUGUACUUGGUGCCCAGCAAUGGCUGGACUCAGGAGGUGCAGAGAUUCGCCUACCAACUCACCAGCGAGUUUGUCGGCUUGUCUGGCUAUCGCCUCUUCUGCUUGACCAGAAAGAGUCUUUUCGGAAUGCUAGCCACCCUGGUGACCUACGAACUCAUGCUGCUGCAAAUGGAUGCAAAGAACCCCAAGGGACUACGCUGCGUGUAACCAAAUCGGGC